AUGACGGGAGUCGUCAACAAAUACUGGUUUAAUUGUGUGGCUGCAACUGAUCUGGAAAAGUUAACCAAAAUAAAGUCACUACUGUGUGUCCCCAAUAAGACAGACACAGCUAUUGUGGAUAAAGUGAUUGAAUGCCGCAAUCAAACGGCUGAAGAGAUAGUGUCUAUUAAGAAUCUUGAAACGAAACUAACUGAUUGCGUAAAAAAAGCUAAUGUGAGCGCCUACACCAAAGUGGAUCAGACGGUUAUGGAGCGCAAGCAAGCAUUGAUUAUGUAUUGCGAUAACACGUUUUUCGAUUGUUUGGUCCAAACUGAGUUGGUCAGUCUGUGCAUACCUGAGCUCAAUAUCUGA